AUUCCGAAUUUUUUUGCAACACCCGGCCGUUUUCCGUUUUUCCCGCGCGUGUAGACUUAACGUUGAAAUUUAGAAAUACCUAAAUUGCAGUCUGCCGAGAUCGCCGCAAGAAGUUGUUUCUAGUUUUAAAAUAUUUGCUUGAUAUAAAAUACCAAUACACCACUCUGAUAUAUCAAAUAACCAUUUAACAAAAUUAUCUGAUUCAUUGCGGUGUCAACUUCAACUUUUUUUUAUUACUAAGGGACAAAAUUUUAAAGUCUUAAUCCAAGAUUUGGUUUAGUAAAAUCUGCAAGGCCGCACACCUGGUAACAGCGAAAGAAAUAAAUUACCCAUAAAAAUGCCGCGAAUCGCAGUACGUCGGAAGGCCUCCACACCAAUUGGCAACAAUAACAAUGAAGAAUUAGAUGCUCCAAAACGUAAACUACAGCGUACCGCUUACCAAUUGCCAUUACCUGAGAGACCACACGUGGUGGGACGGGCUUUGGUAUGUGGACAAGGAGAUAUGGGCCAGUUAGGUCUAGGUGAUGAUGAGUCGAAAUUCGAGCGCAAAAGACCGGCUUUGGUGGAUUCUAUAGAAAAUGUUGUUGAUGUCAGAGCUGGUGGCAUGCAUAAUCUUGUAUUGACACUCGAGGGGACAGUUUACUCUUUCGGCUGUAAUGACGAAGGUGCAUUGGGACGUGAUAGCAGUGAAGAUGGUUCAGAAUUUGAACCGCAUCCAGUUGAAUUACCAGGAAAAGUGCUAAAAAUAUCAACGGGCGAUUCACAUUCGGCCAGCCUGUUGGAAGAUGGUCGUGUUUUUGCAUGGGGUUCAUUCCGCGACUCGCAUGGAAAUAUGGGUCUGACAUUAGAAGGAAAUAAAAGACUUCCCAUCAACGUUUUACCUGACAUGGUAUGUUGCGACAUUGCUUCCGGAGCAGAUCACUUAGUUAUACUUACAUGCAGCGGGAAAGUAUUCACCGUAGGCUGUGCUGAACAAGGUCAAUUAGGCCGUGUGUCUUUGCGGUCGGCGACUGGAGAAAGUCGUCGUGGCAAAACAGAGCUGCUUCGCCCAGGUGAGGUUGUAAUCAAACGUGGUAAGCCCGUCGAAGCUAUUUGGGCCACGAAUUACUGUACAUUUUUGCGCGAGUCACAGACAGGUAAAAUUUGGGCUUUCGGUCUGAACAAUUACAAGCAGUUGGCCUAUGCCAAAGAUCUUGCAACAAUUAUAAAUCCAGUAGAUACGAAAUUCGAGAACGUUAAACAAAUUGCCGGUGGACAGCAUCACACAUUAGUACUUAAAAAUGAUGGUUCUUGCUAUUCUAUUGGACGCAGUGACUACGGUCGUCUUGGACUGGGAACCUUAAAUGGUGAUAUCACAGAACUGCAAUCAAUCAAAGGAUUGUCCGAUAAGUUCAUAGUUUGUGUGUCAUGCGGUGAAGCGCAAUCAUUUGCGCUAACCGAUGAUGGUAAACUGUAUUCAUGGGGCAUGGGCUCGAAUUACCAAUUGGGUACGGGAUCGGAUGAUGACGCAUUGGAGCCUGUACAAAUCAUUAGCAAACAAACUGAAGGCAAACGAAUCAUACGUGUAUCCAGUGGAGGCCAACAUAGUAUAUUUCUGGCUGAAAGCGACGUACAGCCAGCAAAAGAUUCUAACGCAGAUGUUGAAACAAAUGGCGACACUAAAAUGGAGGAAACCAACGAAACCGAAAGUACCAAGGAGGUGGAGCAAAAGGAGAUUGCCGAAAACAAUGAAACUGGGAAAGUUGCUGCAAAGCGUGGACGUAAAAAGAAAUAAGAAACUAUUUAAAAAGACUCCCAAGAAUACAAAUCAUUUUAUAAGUAAUUUGUUUCUUGUAUAUUUUUUGUUUAAUUAUUAAUAUUUCGUCUGUUGACUGUUAAUAAAAUAGAACGUAAAUUAAUUAGUUAUUGACUAGAGCGCACACACACGUACGUACUGGUGUGCCUCUACAUUAUUGUUUUUUAAAUCGGUAUAUAAAUUGAUUGAUUCUCUUACAAUUAUGCAAUUGAACAUAAUAUAUUUCGAAGAACAAUAUACACUUUUUGUACUACACGUACAUCAUCUCAUAUGUAAGUUCAUUUGGGAUUCUUAAUAAAGCAUGAAUAAAAAAAUGA